CCAAAGCUUCUUCAGGGAUCAGCAGAAAAGUUGCUUGCCACAGGAAGAGUUCGGAGAGCCGGAGCGAUGCCAGGAGGCAGCGGGAGCCUGCGGCAAACACCCCUCGCUCCGCCACCUCUGCAGCCGACCCGGCACGAGGAGCUGGGGCAGGACCCUGGGGUGCCACCAGCACCUGAUUCCCUGCAGGACCACGGAGCAGCUGAUCCCAGCGAGAGGCUGCGCUGCGAGGACGGGGCUGGAACGGGGACGAAGAAGCAGGAACUCGGAGUGCUGGGCCGUGGGAGGUGGCAGGAGUCUGCCCUCACAAAAGGAUGUGGGAGAAGAACCGACCAGGGCACCUGCCCCAAACACCACGGAGAGCGGAACGGACUGCCGGGAUGGAGCGAGAGGCGAACCAAUCCCCGAAGCCCAGGCUGGAGACGCCGGGAAGCCCGGGACGAGGUGGAGCCUGAGGGCGGAUGGGAGCAUCCUGCACCUGCCAGCUGGACCCCGGAGCAUCCAGAUGGACCUACAGCCAUAAACUGGACUCUGCAUCCGUGAUUUGGGCCCCAAGAGCCUCCAGCUGGACCCUACACACAUCAACUGGACCCUAGACCCAUUAACUGGACUCUAGACCCUUAACUGGACCCUACACACAUCACUCGGACUCUACACCCUUUAAUUGGAUCCCACACACAUCAGUUGGACCCCAAGAGCCUCCAGCUGGACCCUACACCCAUUAGCUGGACUCUAGACCCAUUAUCCAGAGCUCAAGAGCCACCAGCUGGAUCCUACACCCAUCAAGGGAACCCCAAGAGCCAGCAGGUGGAACCUGCACCCAUCAGUCAGAACCUGCACCCAUCAAACAAACCCCACGAGCCUCCAGAUGGACCCUGCACCCAUUAACCAAACCCCAAGAGCCUCCAACUGGACCCUACACCCAUCAAACGGAUCCCAAAGACCUCCAGCUGGACCCUACACCCACCAGUUGGACUCCAGAGCUGCCACCUACCCUUCUCUCGUAGCUGGACCUGGAGAGCUGCUGGCCAGCCCCUCCUGCUGUCCCCUUGACCCCGAGUGUCCCCAUGCAGACCCCAGACCCCUCAGCCAGCCUUCAGUGUCCCCAGAGGGCUCAGGGCAGACCUGCAGCGCUGCCAGCCCAUCCUGCUGAGCUGGGUGUCCACAGAGCUCCUUUGGGAAUGCACAAAUCCUUUGGGAAUGCCGGAGCACGAGCGUGGCCCUCCCAGGGGGACAGGACCGAGGGGGCACUGCCGGUGCCCCGGUUCCCUGCGAAGGAGGGGUCUGGAGCAGGGGGAGGCAGCGAUUCCCAGCGCUGCCCUUGGACUCACCUUGGCUCCCUGGAUGCAAACACCAAUUUCCCUCCGAGCAGCGUCUCCUCUACUCCUGGUAAAUUCCUCCAGUGCUUUCCCUGCGUUGCCUCUGCCGGCUGCGCACCGCGGCUGACAUGGAGCCACGUGCCGGGAGGAAAACCCUCCUUCACCGCCUUUUAACUCUGUCCCUCCCUCAAACACUGCCAGCCUUGGGUUUCCCGGUGGGAAGGCUCCCCAUCCCCACCAUGCCAGGGGUCCCAGGACCACCACCCCACACCUGGGGCCGCGGGAAACCACUCGGCCCUCGCUGAGUUCAGGGUCAGGGUGUGGGGACUGCUUUGGGAUCGUGUGCCCAGGGUGAGCGGGGUGCUCAAACCAUCGGUGCGGGGAGCACGGGGGGAAAAAAUUCCCCCCCUGUGGCAGCUGCUGGAGGGGAAGGACAGGGAAAAACUGGGAUGUGGCGGGUUGUGCACGGGAAAGCUGGUGAGGAACAGGAAUAGCUGAAAGAACUAAAUAUGGAAACUUGGAUAAAACAGCGCUGAAGUAGGGAGAUGGUUUCCUAACAGGGUUCAAAGCAUAUAAACAAACUCAGGGAGGAGAGAGGUUGUCCAGAGGAGCCUUUGUGAGGAAUACUCAGGAAAACCAGCCGAAAAUCUCUCCGUAGGGGAGCCUGUUCCAUCAAAGCAAACUUCCAGCGUUGCGGAGAAAGUGUCAGCCCUGGGAACGCAUUGUUUGGGGGGAAGAGAUAGUGAAAACACGCGCCUCAGCCACUGAAAAGAGUCUCCUCGCAUUUUUUUUCCCCAACUGCCACAUUUCCACGAUAAAACAGGAAGUUUCAUGGCAAUGAUGAAAUAAUUCCUUUGGAAGUUUUUUGCCUGACUUUGGUUUUCUGCUUCCCCUAGCAGGUUGCUCCGGGAUCACCAGCCUCACGCCGGGAUGGGACUCGGUGGUUUGUUCCUGCAGAUCUGAGGAGGUUCUGGCACUGAUCCCUCGGGAAGUGCCUCGGGCAGGACCCCCCCAGGUUUGGCCUUGUGUGCUGGGAUCCCAUCAGAGCUCUCCCACCUCUCAUGUCUCUAAAUCCCUUAAGGAGCUCAGCUCUCCGGCCUCUUUGCCGGCUCCUCAGCACCUUCUCCUUUACCUUUUGGGUCCGUGCCGGCCCAAAGGGGGUGGUUUAAUGCGAUUAUGGCGGUAAAAGCCCCGUAAGAGGAUUCCCAGGGCUCGGCUUCACGGCACUGCAGGGGCUCCGGGCAGCACGUGGAUGGGGAUGAGCUGGAUGUGGGAGAGCGGGGAGCCCGGGAGAGGCUUUGUAAGCUGAGCCAAACCACGGUGUCCCUGCCAGGGUGACCUGCAGCCUCCAGGGGUGCCACGUGCUGCCUCUCCCUGGGGCAGGAUGGGCAUUUCCACAUGUGCUGCGGAUCCUGCUUGGCCUGGAGAGAGGUGGGUGGAACGGGCAGCAGAAACACAGGGAAGAGGUAGGAAUUUCGGGGGUCCUGGGGCUGUCUGGAUGGUCUUGGAGCUGCUCUGGGGCAUCCUGGAGCUUCCCAGGGGACUCUGAGGUUGCCCAGGAGGUCCUGGAGCUGUCCUGGCUCUGAUCAGGAAAGGUAAAAGCAUCUCUGCUCUGGGUUCAAACCUCAAACUACCCGAGUGCAAAAGGUGACCCACAGCCCCAGGGCUGGCACUGGAUCAUCCCUGUCCUCCCUCAGGCCUUUUGGUUUCCCAAGGAGCCCUCUGGAAACUCCCAAACCGUCCUCUCUCCCGAGUCAAAUUAUCUUUCUGGGGUUUCAUUUCAAAGCAGAGAUGAGGUUUCUACAGGGGCUUCAAAAAUCUGUGUCCAGGCAGAUAAACACUCUUAUUAAAUAUCCUUAAAUUUAUCACAGGGAUGGUCCCCAACUCGGAGAGGCACCAGGUGGGAUGUGGCACAAAGGGUCAGGGAAAAAAUGGGCCCCAAAAUCUGGCCUUAAAGAGCCUACUUUUCCCCAAAAUCUACCAGGCAGGGUGUCCAUAUCCAUAAACAAUUUAAAUCCAGUUUUUCCUUUGCUUGUGGAUUAUUGCCCCAGAGCAACAGCUUGUUUGGGAUGAGUCCAGAGCCCUGCUGGAACGGGAGUCCCGGGGGAUGGCGGGGGCUGAGCUGGGAAGGGCCAGGCCAGUCCCUGCUGCUCUGAGAGACGAUUUUCCUCAGUGUCAAACAAAUCCAGCCCUCCCAAAUCCGGCCCUGGGGUGCAGUUGGAGCAGCACAGCUCCUCGGGGAGCGUGGGAGGGAUCAGCUGAGCAGGUGGCAGGUGCUGGGGAAGCGCAAACUCAACGAGCCACCACCAGAUUUAUGCAAGCGCCGAUAAAGCCAAGUGGAAAAGCACUUUCUCCUUUCCUUUUUUUUUUUUUUUCCCCUCUUUCUUGUUUUCCUUGGCUCCUCCAUGCUCUGGGCAGGCUGACAGGGAGCUCUGUGUUCGCUGGGAUCCUUCUGGGGAAGCUGAGCAGCUCCAGACAAUGGAUCCAUUGCUGCCCAGGGAGCAGGUGGGGAGGAAACGGAGCGUCACAGGCACAGAGGGAUCCAGCGGGAGGAGGAUUGUCCAGAAAUCCCUGGAGUGGGGCUGGAUCCUGGCAGGAGGAACAGCUGGGUGGUUUGGCAGCUGGGCCUGGCAGCACUGUCAGCAGCAGGGCUGGUUAAUUGAUUUACAAACGAGGCAUUUUGAAGGGAGGUGCUGGGGAUCGUCGCCCUCGACGCUGCAGUGGGAGGGUGGCUCAGAAAUUAGGGAAUUAAAAAAAAACCCAAACUGUAGCAGCCAUGAGGGUGGUGAGGGGCUGGAAUGGAUUUCCCAGAGAAGCUGUGGCUGCCCCAUCCCUGGAAGUGUCCGAGACCAGGUUGGACAGGGCUUGGAGCAACCUGGGCUGGUGGAAGGUGUGCCCAUGGCAGAGGGUGGGACUGGGUGAUCCUUAAUGUCCCUUCCAACCCAAAGCACUCCAUGAUUCUUUGACUUUUAUUUCUCUUGGCUGCCUUGCAAGUGCCCUGAGUUGCAAGGCUCCCAAUAAAACGGCAGGAAUUCGCUGCAAGGCAUUUCCCCCCGCGGUGCCAGCUCGGAGCCCCCGGGGUGGCCGCGCUCCGCUCGGUGCCAUCUCCUGCAGCCGGGCAAAAAUCACGGGGCAGAAGCCACAGAUCCCACCUCCCCUGUGCCCGUGGGAUGCAGGGACUGCGGGAUGCAGGAGGGAUUUCAUCCUCUAGCACAGCGAACCACCGUGCCAGAAAAGUGCCCCAGCGGUUUUGGGAAGGGUGAACUGGGAGUGCAGCCCCUGACUGUCCUUUCCCAUCUCAAACGAUGUUUAAAAGCGACACAUGAUGAUUUUACAUCAUGAAAAACUUGAUUUAAAAAUCACAUAAAAAAAAAAAGAAACCUUUCUAGGUGCAAAUUUGGGCACGGGAAAGACAGUAAGGAGGCAAAGGUGGAGUCGCUUCCAAGGAGAAGUGAUUUUUUUUUUUUUUUUCAUGGGAAAAAUCCCGAAGCAGGAUGAGUCACCCCUCAGUGUGCCAUGUCCUGGAGCCAGCAAAGCCAUCCCUGGGAAUGGGAGAGCUGGCUGGAGCAGAGCACAGACUUUUGCUUGAACCGGCUCCAGGGUGGCAGGAGAAAGUCAUCCUGUGCUGAUGGAUCCGAGCCCUCGGACAGCUCAGCCAGGUUGAACUUGGACAGCUCUCAGGGCUGUGACAGCAGGGCUGGAAGUGUCCCUGGGUGAGCCCAAAAGGCUCAGGGAGGGCAGGGCUGAGGAGCCUCAUUGCCAGUGCCAUCCUGGUCAAGCAGAGCUGUUGUUACAUGACUGUACAGCGAGGCAAAAAAACUAUGGAAAUGGCAAAAAAACCCUACUAGGAAACUGCUAUUUUCCUGCUCUUUUAAUUAAAGCAACUCAUCUGUUAGAGGUGUGGAUGAUUCCAGUGGUUCCUGGGACUACCAUGGCUAAUGCAGCAGUGUGGGAAUAAAGCCCUCUUUGGCUUUU